AUGGAAUCUUGCCAAGCCGUUGAGGCUGAUAUUGACAAAUUAAUUGCUAAAUAUAAUAAAUAUGGCCCAAAAUGGCAAUUCCAGUUACACAGAUUUAUUUCAACAUUAGAACGGUACAAACGAGAAAUUGAAAGUCAAAGUUCUGAAAUAGAUAAAUGUGGACUUUCUUCAACAAUUUUACAAAUGAAGCUCGCCAUUAAGGAUAUUUCAAAUGAACAUAGAAGAUGGCAUAGUGAUGUCUCAAGAGUAGGCAAAACUAUAGACAAAAAUUUUAUUUCCGACUAUACAGAAGCCAGUAAUAAAAAAGCGUUUAAAACCGAUCACGAAAAAGAAAUCCUAAACAAAAUAAUUUGUAUGCAUUUGUACAGGGAUUCAAAAUGGGAAGUUGCUGAAGAAUUUUUAAAAGAAGCUGGUAUCACAGUUGACGACAAACAAAAACAACGUUAUUUAAAUUUAAAUCAUAUUGUUGAUAGUUUGAGACAAAAAGAUCCUAUGCCGGCAUUUGAAUGGGUACAUCAAAAUAAAAUUGAAUUAGAUUCCAAAAAAUCAGAUCUAGAAUUUAAACUGCACCAAAUUGUGUUUUUGGAUAUUCUUAAUCGUGGUGAUCAGUAUGAAGCAGUAGUUUAUGCUCGCACAAACUUUAGUCGUUUUAUUGAUAAACAAAAGGAAAUCCAAUCCACAAUGGGUAUGUUAUUAUAUCCUCCUAAUGUUGCACAAAUGCGUACUGAAGUUAUUGACUUGUUUAUAAAAGAUUCUUGUCUUAGUGAUGACGAUAUGUUGAGUGUUUGUGUGAACGUGGGUUGCUCAGCUUUACCAGCUUUGUUGGAUAUUAAACAAGCAAUUUGUCGAGAUGUUGGAGGUGUUUGGAAUGAAAAUGACGAAUUACCAAUUAAAAUUGACACUGGUUUUGCUUAUCAUUCAGUAUUUGCUUGUCCAAUAUUAAGAACGAGAAGUGGAACAUCUAAUCCACCUAUGAUGUUAGUAUGUGGUCAUGUAAUAUCCAAAGAUGCGCUUAAUAAAUUAGAACGUUCAGGUAGAUUAAAGUGUCCAUAUUGUCCUAAAGAACAACUUCCAUCAGAAGCUAGAACUAUACAUUUCUAAAUGGUUUAGUAAUGUUUUAAAUUUUCUCAUCAUAUACAAUGUAAAUAAUUUGUGUUUAAAAAUGUUUAAUUAAUUCAUAUACCUAAGUAAUAUGUACCUAUACAUUGGUUGUAAUGUAUGCACAUUUUUAAAUUCUAACAGUUACAUCAUGUAUUGUAUUGUAUCAAUUGAAGGUUAAAUAAUUGUAUUGUAAGAAAUCAAUUUGGCAAAUCUUCAUGUUAACUAUAAGUAAUUUUGACGGUGACUAUUCUGUUUAUGUAACUAGAUUUCUUAUUUAAAAUUAAAACUGGCAAUUUUCCAAGUUUAUAUAAAUCCAUAAUCUAUUGCGACAAAUUUUAAUUCAAAAAGUUAAAAUAACAUACUUUUAAUUUUGUUGUAAAAAUAAUUUGAUUAAAUUUUUUUUUGUAAAUGGUGGUAAUUUUUUAAUUAAACAUUAUUUAUGUUUAAAUAUGGUAUGUUUAUAUUUUAGUCAAAUUAUUAGUUAAAAUGUGAAAAAGAAAUGUUAAAUUAUAUACAUUAAGUUAUAUAAAUAUAUUUUAAAUAAUACUUAUGUUUAUGAAUUUGUGUAUAUAUUAUGUGUUUAAUUGAUAGAAAUGAGGUUUAAAUUUCAAAACAGUAAGAAAUGUAUAAGUUUAAUUUCAAUGAGUAAUUCUUAUUCUUUUUUAUGAAUUUAAGUAUGUUUUUAUUUUAUGAAUCAUGAUUUAAUUGCAUCUAAAUUAAAGAAAUAAAUUAUAUUAUUGUUUUA